AUGAUUCAGCAUGAAAUUCUGAUGACAGUUAAUUAUCAUAUGAAAGAUCAGAACUGGGCAAUAAACACUGAUGAGAAUGAGAAGUCUGACAAUGCUGAUAAUACUGACAAUUCUCUCUCUCUCAUUCUCUCUGCUCUCUCUGCUUUCUCUACUAUCUCUGCUGUCUAUCUUGUUGCUGUUUCUGCUGCUGAUGCUGCUUCUCUCACCCUCUCUGCUAUCUGUCUUAUCACUGCCUCUGCUGCUGCUGCUGCUACUUCUGCUAGUUCUUUCUACCUUCUCUCUGAGAUUCUGAUAAUCAGCUCUAAUUUGAAUGUUUUCCACAAUGAAAAAAAUAAGUUGAUAAUGAUGAUAUAG